AGCUCCCUUAGAAAAUCCCAGAACAGUUAUUGAAACUUUAUUAGUUAGCUAUUCUCGAUUCACCCUUGCCUCUACUUUACCUGACGAAUUUACCGCAAACCAAUUUGACUAUUACCUCGAACAACUAACUGCUUCUUCAUCACAACCUUCUAUUCCCCCACAAACCUCAGAAGAAACUACUACAACUUUUGGUUCUCCUAUCCUUGGCGAAUACCAAAAACCAUUUGAACAAUUUACCUUCAAUAGCCCAACUGAAGAAUUUGCCUCCUCUCAGCUUUACCCUUCUCUCGAACAAAUAGAAAACCGUGAAGCUACUUCUACCUCAACUUUAACUCCUUAUCGUGAAGAAACUACUCCAAUCCAAUUCUCUCAGAGAACUGAACACCCUUCUUCACCUGCUUUACCUUUUUAUCAAACCAGACCAUCCACCCUUACUGAAACCCCUUUAGGACCUCCUGAACCACAACAACCUAUCCCUCCUUCCACUGAAUUAUCUGAAUCCUCCGGUCUAAUUUCCAAAUUUAUACGACACUUUACUACUACUACUCCAGUAACACCUAAAGAAGACAUAAUUUCUCCUAUACCUGGACAAUUUCCUACGACCACUACUUCCUCUUCUAACAUUUAUCCUCAGAUUCCCUCUCCCCAAACUAACCUUCAAUCUCUUACACGAACUAAUAGCCCUAGUGGGUUUGAUACUUAUCUUGAUAUCGAUUCUAUUAGUAAUUUACUAGAAACAGAACAAACAGAAUUAGAAUCCCAAGUAACUGUACAAGAAUCUUCUAAUCAAGCCUCUGAAGAAGAUUUAAGAGACGAAAUUCUUGAAGUGCUUGACCAACCCUCUCAACACAAUAGCCCCUUGAAGUAA